AAAAUAAGUUACAUUUGUUAUAUCGUUAUUCAAGUGUGAUGGUGACACAAUAGGUGAAAAAAAAAACCCAAUGGCAAACAGGUUAAUCAUACUUCUGCUUGUUUAUCAGCUGUUUUCUCACUCGUCUGGAGAUGUGCGGAUGCUGUUAGAUAACAUUAUUUUUAGUCACGUGGCACCUCAUCUUGCCAAACUACUACAAAACACCACUGAGUUACUAGAAGGAUGGAUAGAAGAUAAACAGUACUCUACAACUACGGACAUAUUUAAGUCAAGCUAUGUGACCCAACCUUUAGAAGAGAUCUUGGACCUUGUCCACGUUACGUUGCAUAAAUUAUUAGAAAUAAGUAGGUUUGGGCCUAACCUACUGGUAUCGCCUGAAACAACGGAGGACGCUUUGAAUAACAUCGAUAACAUCAUAGAUCACCACGAAGAAAACAUGCGUAUUUUAACAAACACAGUUGAAACAAGGCUCUGGACCUUGGAGAAAGCUCUUACAUAUCCAGCUAAAUUGGCUGUAAGCGACGUAAAAAUAUCUAGACAUACAAGCCAGGUAAAUGCAUUUUCUAAGAAGACUUUUCUCACUCUUCUGGGCAAUUUCUUGAAGUUAACAUCGAAGUUCAAAACAAAUAUUAGUCAUACAUCUUUUACAGAUACUGAAAAAUUUUAG